AUGCCUGCUUCGCGAUGGAUCCCACUUGAAAGCAAUCCCGACGCGAGUUCUAUCCUGCGCAAUCACCUCUGGCUCGCUUCAAUCGAUCAAUUCGAGGAUGUCUAUGGCUUGGAUCAAGAGCUUCUGGAUAUGGUCCCUCAACCUGUCAAAGCCCUCGUCUUGCUCUUCCCUAUCACUCCUCAAUCAGAAGCGCGACGCAAGGAGGAGGAUGAGCAAAUCGCUGCUAAGGGCGCAGUCUCCACGGAUCCCACUCUGAUCUGGAUCAAACAGACGAUCCCCAAUGCCUGCGGCACGAUGGGCAUAAUCCACGCGUUGGCAAAUUCCGACGUGACUCUCGUACCUGAAAGUCCUCUGGCAAAGUUUAUCGAACAGUGCUCUUCUAAAACACCAGAAGAGCGUGCGACCCUGCUGGAGAUUACACCGCUUUUUGCAAGCAUCCACGAAGGAGUCGCUUCCACCGGGCAAAGCGCUGUUCCUAGAAAUCUCGACACAAACCUGCACUUCACUGCCUUCGUCAGGGCACCUGAUAUCAGCGGUGCAGGAGGGUCUCAUCAGCGCAUUAUUGAGCUCGAUGGACGUCGUAGUGGUCCUAUUGAUCGCGGGGAAUGCAAAGACUUCCUGGCGGACGCGGUCAAAGUCAUCAAAGACAUAUACAUCAGCGCAUCGCAGAGCGUGGAGUUUAACAUUAUGGCGCUGUGCGAAACGUAGGGAAAUUAGUAGUUUCGCUAUAUAAUUGCGCAAAGAUUCCAGAUCAUGAAUGUAACAGUCUCUUAUGACCGGAAA